AAAGUUGGAAGACUUCCAUUCUCGUCCAUAUGGAAAUCAAGGAACGCCCUACGGUUUCCGUAAAGGUGUUGCAGGAUCUGCGUGGGCCCUGAACUCAAGGAUCAUUGACGGAUUGGCGGUUCCACGCUUCACCCAACACAGCUACGGAGAUUGUCCAUCCGCGGUCCAAACCGAACGACGGCCCCGGCCUUACCGAGUUCCCCGCGCCGCUGGAAAUGUUUCGAUUUCCAAGAACCGGAAAGCUUCAUCUCUCACCUGAGUUCGCGGGCCGACAACCUCGCGCUUAGUCCAGAAUGGGCAUCCGGGCUGCGCUCUGCCGCCCCCUUCAUUGUCCAAGGCAGGAACUUAUGCGAAUUUCUUUCCUCCAAGACACUCCCCAGGUUGCCGGCUCGCAACCUCUACACGCAUAACCUGACGUGAUCCAAGGCCUCUGGAUGCCAUGCUGCCACACUAACUUCGCUUCGAUCGAUAGAACUGACGGAGGAUGGGAACGAGGCCCGAGCCUGGAGCCGCAUCCUUGCGACCUUGCCUGGCCGCCCGUGCUUCGUCGACAUCGACAUCAAGCCUUUCGUAGUGCAUAUAUAAUGUCAACAUCACCGCUGCUGUCUUGUUGGUCCUCACUUGCGGGCCAUCACCAAGGAUUCUAGUUCCCCGGAUCACCCUCCUCCCAAAUCACCAUGAAGGCUACGAUUCUUGCCAGCACCUUCGCCGCUGGUGCCCUCGCCCAGAGCGGUGCCUGGGGCCAAUGCGGCGGUAACGGUUGGUCCGGCGCUACCAGCUGCAUCUCCGGAUACGCCUGCAACUACGUGAACGAUUGGUAUAGCCAGUGCCAGCCUGGUACUGCCGCUCCUACCACCACUGCCGCCGCCACCACCCUCGUCACCUCGACCAAGACCGCCCCUCCUGCUAGCACCACCACUGCCACCGCCUCCGGCAAGUUCAAGUGGUUCGGUGUCAACGAGGCCGGCGGUGAGUUUGGUGAUGGUAUCUUCCCCGGAAGAUGGGGCACUGAGUUCACAUUCCCUGACACCAACACCAUCCAGACUCUCCGCAGCCAGGGUUACAACAUCUUCCGUGUUGGCUUCGCCAUGGAGCGCCUUGUCCCCAACACCCUGACGUCGUCUUUCGAUAACGGCUAUCUCACCAACCUCACCCAGGUUGUCAACUCUGUUACCAACUCUGGUGCCUAUAUUGUUCUCGAUCCCCACAACUAUGGCCGUUACUAUGGCAAAAUCAUCACCGAUACCGAUGCCUUCAAGACUUUCUGGCAAAAUGUUGCUGCCAAGUUUGCUUCCAACUCCAAGGUCAUCUUCGAUACCAACAACGAGUACAACACCAUGGACCAGACCCUUGUCCUCAACCUCAACCAGGCCGCCAUUGACGGUAUUCGUGCGGCCGGCGCCACUUCGCAGUACAUUUUCGUCGAGGGUAACCAAUGGACUGGCGCCUGGUCAUGGAAUGUGACCAACACCAAUUUGGCUGCCCUUACCGAUCCCGAGAACAAGAUCGUCUACGAGAUGCACCAGUACCUCGACUCCGAUAGCUCCGGUACCAGCACUGCCUGCGUUUCCUCCGAGAUCGGUGUUCAGCGCAUUGUUGGUGCCACUGCCUGGCUCCGCGCCAAUGGCAAAAAGGGUGUCCUCGGCGAGUUCGCUGGUGGUGCCAACUCAGUCUGCAAGGCUGCCGUUACUGGCCUUCUUGAGCACCUCAAGGCUAACACUGACGUCUGGGAGGGUGCCCUUUGGUGGGCUGCCGGUCCCUGGUGGGGUGACUACAUGUAUAGCUUUGAGCCUCCUUCGGGCACUGGCUAUACCUACUACAACAGCCUUCUCAAGACCUAUACCCCUUAAGUAAGGGAAAGUGACAGAGUUGCUGUAGGGAAAGCGAUCAAUCGCCCAACGAGAACAAGCCUGUUUUGUCGUUGAAAAGCAUUGAUCCCCAAAUCGUUUAACUUUUUCUUGUACAUACAUACUACCUUUGAACAUAUUAAAUCGCAUUGAUUGCGC